UGGAGGGGAAAAAACAGUACUCUUUUCCGGUUCGGGGCACUGUAGAAGCAGCGACGGACGUGUCGGACAACAGUUUGUGAGACUCUGCCACUGUGGAACACGCCUCUGGGCAGCCGCAGCUGUCACUGUGAGUGUCCCGGGACCCUGUUCACGGGAUGACGCGGCAUGGCAAGAACUGCACUGCAGGGGCUGUCUACACCUACCAUGAGAAGAAGAAGGACACAGCGGCCUCAGGCUAUGGGACCCAGAACAUCCGGCUGAGCCGGGAUGCCGUGAAGGACUUUGACUGCUGCUGUCUCUCACUGCAGCCCUGCCAUGAUCCUGUGGUCACCCCAGAUGGCUACCUGUAUGAACGGGAGGCAAUCCUGGAAUACAUCCUACACCAGAAGAAAGAGAUUGCCCGGCAGAUGAAGGCCUAUGAGAAGCAACGAGGAGCCCGGAGGGAAGAGCAGAAACAGUUGCAGCUCGCUGCAGCCCAGGACCAAGUUCGAGGCUUCCUGGAGAAGGAGACAACCAUCGUGAGCCGGCCCCUCAACCCCUUCAUGCCCAAAGCUGCCACCUUACCCAGCACAGGUGACAAACCACCUGCCUUUGGCCAGCGGUCUUCAGGGGGUGGCUUCCUGAGGUGUGUACCCCAGCUUCUCCCUCCCGCAGAUGGUGAACAGCCAGGGUCCAGUGCGGGUCCCCCAGGCAAGGACAAGAGCAAAGCGCUGCCCAGCUUCUGGAUUCCCUCACUGACGCCCGAGGCAAAGGCCACCAAGCUGGAAAAACCAUCCCGCACUGUGACUUGCCCGAUGUCUGGGAAGCCUCUGCGCAUGUCGGACCUGACGCCAGUACGCUUCACACAACUGGACGACUCUGUGGACCGCGUGGGGCUCAUCACACGCAGUGAGCGCUAUGUGUGUGCUGUGACCCGAGACAGCCUGAGCAAUGCCACACCAUGUGCAGUGCUGCGGCCCUCUGGGGCCGUGGUCACUCUGGAGUGUGUCGAGAAGCUGAUCCGGAAGGACAUGGUGGACCCUGUGAAUGGAGAUACGUUGACAGAGCGCGACAUCAUUGUGCUGCAGCGCGGCGGUACGGGCUUCGCAGGCUCCGGAGUGAAGCUGCAGGCCGAGCUGUCUCGGCCAGUGAUGCAAGCCUGAGCUGUGACCUAAUAAAGCUGCCUGUAAAUGGACUGGA